AAUGCCACAAACACUUAUACUUCCACGGCCACUGCCACUGCCACCACCAGUGCCACCGACACUGUCACUGCCACUGCCACUGUCACUGAUACCACCAUCGCCACCACCAACACCUCCACCACUAAUGCCACCAACACUAAUACUGCCACGGCCACUGCCCCUGCCACCACCAGUGCCACCGACACUGCCACUGCCACUGUCACUGCCACUGCCACUGUCACUGAUACCACCAUCGCCACCACCAACACCCCCACCACUGCCACUAACAUCUAAUAUCUUAAUGCCACCAACACUGAUACUGCCACUGCCACUUCCUCUACCCUUUCCCCUGCCACUUCCACUUUCAUUGUCACUGUCACUUUCACCACCAACACCACCCCCACCACUGCCCCCACCACCCCCACCACUGCCCCCUCCACUUCCACUGCCCCUGCCACUUCUACCCUUUCCCCUGCCACUUCCACUUUCAUUGUCACUGUCACUUUCACCACCAACACCACCCCCACCAAUGCCACCAACACUAAUACUGCCACGGCCACUGCCCCUGCCACCACCAGUGCCACCGACACUGCCACUGCCACUGUCACUGCCACUGCCACUGUCACUGAUACCACCAUCGCCACCACCAACACCCCCACCACUGCCACUAACAUCUAAUAUCUUAAUGCCACCAACACUGAUACUGCCACUGCCACUUCCUCUACCCUUUCCCCUGCCACUUCCACUUUCAUUGU